AAUGUAUGACGUCAAUAUUUUUCACAUUAGUCGACGUUUUGGCAAAUGCCAAAAAAGGACGGAAAAAUUCCAUGUAGUCAGCCCACUGCCAUUUUUUUAUGGCAUUGGGCAUAGCUUUCGAGUUGGCUUUACAACAGUGAGUGCAAUCGUAACCGAAGUCUGUGAAGCGAUAUGCAGACAUAUGGAGCAUAUAUAUUUACCAGAACCAACAGAGAAUAUAUGGAAAAAAUGUGCUGAAGAAUUUGAAAAUAGAUGGGGAUUUCCCAAUUGCAUUGGCAGCGUGGACGGUAAACAUGUAACAAUCAAGAGACCUAACAACAGUGGCUCCAAUUACUGGUGCUAUUUACAUAAAUAUUCAAUAGUACUUAUGGCCAAAAUUUAA